GUAUGUGCGCCAGCCGGAAGUGCUAACGUCCUUUCUGCUCCCUGGCUGCCAUCAUGGUGUUCAAACGCUUUGUUGAGAUUGGCCGUGUUGCCUACAUCUCAUUCGGACCCUAUGCUGGCAAGCUGGUGGCAAUUGUAGAUGUCAUCGACCAAAACAGGGCUCUUGUUGAUGGUCCCUGCAGUGGGGUGAAGAGGCAAGCUCUGCCCUUCAAGUGCAUGCAGCUCACAGACUACGUCAUCAAAAUAGGCCAUGGCGCUCGUGAGAAGACAGUAAGGCAAGCGUGGGAGAAGGCCGAAGUCAAUCAGAAGUGGUCACAAAGCAGCUGGGCUAAGAAGAUCGAGGCAAGAGAGAAGAGGGCCAAAAUGACUGACUUUGAUCGCUUCAAGGUGAUGAAAGCCAAAAGGAUGAGGAACAAGAUCAUCAAGCAUGAGGUGAAGAAGCUCCAGAAGAAGGAGGCAGCAAAGAAGUGAACAGUUUUCACAAAAUAAAUUACCUGUUUAAUUGUUAA